AAUAUAUGAAAUAUAUAAUUAUGCAGAUAAAAUUUAUUCCAAAAUAUAUAUAAAGUAUUUGUGUCUGAUUCAACAGAAUAUAAUUACAUUUCAGAUAAAAUAUGUAAUUUUACUAGGAUCUGUGAACCUAAGACACAGCACUGCAGUUAAAUUUAGAUCAAUGAGACUAGAUACUGCUUUAAGUUUAAAGUUAGAACAGAGUUAGCCCAGUUAGGGCUCUUAGUUGAGCCACAAGUCUCAUCUGAAUGUAAUCAAUUAAAUUUCUUUAAAAUAGUAUCGAAGUUAAACUAGAAAUGCCUUUACCAAGUGGAAGCAAAGAGCCAGAUGAUAGCCAAACAUGGGAAUUAGCAGAAAGAUGUCUUCUUCCAAUUGCAUUCUCACAUGCAAUUGCAGUCAUUUUAGCAACUAUAUUAAAUACAUUGAGUAUAUCACAAACAUCUAGUUUUGUGCUUUUUCUCUUAUUGUUGGUAAUAUCUAUAGGAUCUACACUAUUUUAUCAUAACUUAAAGGUAACUGCCGCAGGAAAAGCAGUUCUUAUUACAGGUUGUGAUUCAAGAGUUGGAUACACUUUAAGUAAACAAUUAGAUGAACUGGGGUUUACAGUAUUUGCUGGAUUUAAUGCAAAAGUUGAGAAUGAAGAGACAAUGCAAAAAUUAAAACAGGAAGCUUCUGGUAGAUUGCAUAUAUUGCAAUUAGAUAUUACUAGUGAGCAUGAUAUUCAUUCGACAUUUCUUUAUGUAAAUGAAAACUUACCAGAUGGUGCACCAGGUUUAUGGGCAUUAAUACAUGCUGCUGCUUGGGUGACAUUAGGUGAAUGCGAAUGGGUGCCUCCUUCUGUAUUAAAACGCAGUAUAGAUAUUAAUUUCAUUGGUCUUGCUAGAUUAACUCAGGUUUUUUUACCUUUGAUUAGACGAUCAAAAGGACGUGUUGUCAUAGUUAGCAGUCUCUUAGCUCGUAUUCCAAGUCCUGUCCGAGGCAUUUAUUGUGCAGUUAAGGCUGCAGUUGAAGCUUGGGGAGCUUGUCUUAGGUUAGAAAUGAGAAGAUGGGGAGUGGAUGUAGUUAUUGUUGAAACUAGUGAAUAUGUAUCUGGAAAUGCUUGGUUAAAAAAUAAUAGUGCCUUGCUGGAACAAGCUAGAGACAUGUGGACUCAAUUGGAUCCUCAAACUCGUAAAGAAUAUGGUCAAGAAUUAUUCCAAAAAGAAAUGUUGGCUCUUGAAAAAUAUACACAAGAAACAGAUAUAGAUUUAACACCAGUAACUAGAGCUUUGACAGAUGGAGUAAUGAAAACUUUUCCAAUGAGAAGAUACACACCAGUAUCACGUAAAGAAAGAAUACAAGCAUUAUGCAGUGAUUAUCUUCCAAAACCAGUUUAUGAUAUAUUGUAUGUAAAUUGAAAAAAAUGUGAAGAUCUACAUGAUCGAGAACAAAGAAUGCAAUGUUCAAAUUUAAUAACCUCUGCCUAAUAGUCAGUUGUUUAUGACAUGAUACUGUAAAGGAUAAAAUUAUUUACUAGUCACAUUUUGUCACUUUAUACAAACCCAAAUAAAUCUUCAACGUAUACGUUACUCUUUGUUAAAAUAAGAAAUGGAAAGAAAAACAUCAAUACCGUUUAUUAAACUAUGUGGUAUAUAAAUUAUAACAAAAUCUGUAAUCAACAGUGUAAUUUUAAAUAAAGGAACUUCCGUAAAGAACGAAAUAUAGAAA